GAGGAUGCCGUGACUCUGGAUAUUAAGGAUAUUGAAAAAAUUCUUCCGCAUCGUUAUCCUUUUCUUCUCGUAGAUCGCGUAACCGAGUUGGUGCCUGGCGAACGGUUGGUCGCGUACAAAAAUGUGUCGGCUAAUGAACCGUUUUUCCAGGGCCAUUUUCCCGGCAAUCCCGUAAUGCCGGGGGUGCUCAUUAUCGAAGCACUGGCUCAGGCCGCUGCAAUUUUGAUGAGCGAUGGGCAGGAAAGCGAUUUGAUCCCACUGUUUAUGGGCAUUGACAAGGCGCGCUUCCGAAGGCAAGUUGUGCCCGGCGAUCAACUCCAGCUAAAAGUUGAAGUAGGCCAAAAACGCCGCAAUAUUUGCAAAGGGGUUGGCGAAGCCACAGUAGAUGGCAAAGUCGCCGCACAAGCCGAAUUGAUGGCAAUGUUUGCAAAACGCGAGGAUUUGUAG